AUGUUCUCCCUCAAGACGCUUUCUCUCUUCGCGGCUGUCGCCGGGCUGCAGCUGGUCGCAGCUCAGGAAUCUUCCAUUUCUACCGCCUGCCAGAGCACGCUUGCCUCCAUUGCUACCUCGUCUGACGGUAACUGCCUCAACGCUGGCGGUCUCAUCAGCAUUCUUUCGGGCACCUCCUCCAGCACCGACCUUAUCCCCCCGAUCGACUCAUGGGCCAAGGGCAUGUGCAGCCGCUCCGCCUGCACCAACUCAACCAUUGCCACUGUCGUAGCGAAUGUGACCUCAGGUUGCUCGGCCGAUCUCGCCAGCUUCGGCCUCCAAAACGUCGACGCGGGCCAGAUCACCUCCCUCGUCCAGCAGUUCUACCCCACCGUCCGCAACGUCCUCUGUCUCGCUGACACGAAGAACAGCAGCACGCUCUGCGCCACCGAGGCACUUUACUCCCUCGAGCCCACCAUUGGCACGAUUUCGACCUCCAACCUGGAGUCGCUCCUCACCAGUGUGCUCGCUGGCUCGGUCCCCAGCAUCUCCAAGAACGCAACCUGCACGGACUGCUCCAAGGCUCAGUUCACCCUCAUCAGCCAGGCGUUCGGCGACCUCAUUCCUAGCUCGGUCACCAGUACCCUCAGCUCUGAGUGCGGCAGCUCCUUUGUUGACGGUUCGAUGCCCUCGUCCGUCACCCAGCUCGCGAGCAAAUCGUCCGUGACCUCUACCCCCAACGGCGCCGCGUCGGCCUGGGGCGUUGCCCCCGUCUACGCCGUCGUCGCGCUCGCGUCCGCCUUCGCGGUGCUCGCCUAA